CCAAUGGGCUGCGGGGUGUCAGGUCCGACCAGGUGCAGGUGAUCAGGUGCGGACGACUACGCGGUCAGCGCUACACAAUUCAACUUCACUGUAAUAUCUGGUGGUGAUGUAGACUACACGAACAAUAUUUACUCUCUCGGUUCGUUUUCUCACCUGCGGACGGAGGAAGCGGAGACCCGCGGCUCAUGGCGGUGGUUUCAGUCGCCUUCUUGUUGGUGUGCACCGGCUCAUGGAGCACGACUCUCCUCGCUGACGCUCAGACUUGUGUGAAUGAGAGCAGUUUCAAGGAGCAGGUGGUCUAUGUGGGGCAGCAGGGGCCUCCAUACCGGUUGAACUGCCCACUAGAGCCCCAUCAGCACCACAACUCCCCACGGCCCCGUCUGACCUGGCAGAAGGACUGUCGGCUGCUCCACAGCCAGGACGGGAACGCCUACCUGGAGUUUGCCAGCCUCAACUUGGAAGACCAAGGGAAUUAUACCUGUACGCAACAAGGCAACGGCACAGCCUCAUUCACUGUGCAUCUCAUAGCUAAGGAGGCCCAAUGCUCCAAACCCCCUGAAUUUAAGCCCAGCGGGAACCUGAGCAGACUGUGGGGGAAUGUGGGAACCACCGUGAAACUGAACUGCACCGCUCUCCUCCUCUGGGACCAAAAUGAGGAGCAGUGUGACACCACGCUGCAGUGGAGUAAAGAUGGUCAACUGCUCACAAACCUCACACUUUACACACAGAAUUCCUCCUCAUGGUCUCCUGCUGCCGGCCAGCUGAUGGUAAACAAUGUGUUGGUGGUUAACCUCAAGCAGCAGGAAGACUUUGGACUCUACAGCUGCACAGUGAGGAACGUCUCAUCUGAUUUCAUUCUACACAAUUCAAUCAGUCCCAGCCACACAGCUGCUGUCGUUGCAGCCAUCAUGCUCCUCCUCCUUCUAGCUGUAGCUGCUGUCGUGUACUCCAGGUGUCACCUGAACAUCAAACUCUGGUACAGGAACUCCUUUGGAGACUAUGAACUCAAUGACGGGAAAUUACACGAUGCCUACAUCUCCUUUGUGAACAAUGACUACGACAGGAAGUUUGUCAACUUCAUUCUCAAACCUCAUCUGGAAAAUAUAAAUGGGUACAAAGUGCUUCUCAAUGACAAUGACAUCCUACCUGGUGGCGAACCGUCCGCAGAGCUGCUAAUGAACAUGAGUCGUUCUCGCCGUCUGAUCGUGGUGCUCUCUCAUGCUUACCUUGAGCAGGACUGGUGCUGCAAUAACUUCAGACAGGGCCUUUUGCACUUGUUGGAGUUAUGUCAGCAGCCCGUCCUCAUCAUGCUGGAGGGUCAGUUCAAACGCAUGAGGCCCGAGGUCAAGGAGCAGCUGAGUGAGCUCCAGCACUCUCUCACUGUGCUCACCUGGAGACACAACUCUGUGACACCUUCCUCAGCCUUCUGGAAGGAGCUGGCCUUAUUGAUGCCUCGCCAGGUCCCCUUCCACACUGGGUAUGCAGGCAACCCACAGACGGUGCUGCAAGAUGACAAAGACCCCAUGCUGACCCUCGAACCUGACUACUUUAACUGCCGGGCAGAUGUGGACCCUGCUGGUGAUCUGGGGAUUCGUGUCCCUGUGUACAAGGCUCUUGCCUGUAAAGCUCCUGUCCUUCCAGCUGCCCCCAUCACAGCCGCUGAGCCCAAACCCUCAGACAUCGAUGUGUCGGACUUGGGCUCACGCAACUACGGAGCCCGCUCAGACUUCUACUGCCUGGUCACUGAGGACAUAUGAGCCACACUCCCAAAAAAUGACUGACUGCAUGGAGAUCCACGUCAGACUGGCAUUAUAAUUAUGUGUGAAGUAGAUAAAUAUUAUUUUAUUAUUUUCUUUACUAUGUGUUGUUAAAAUUGAAAUGUUACCUUUUUAUAUUUCCUUUCACCAAAGAUCGACUUUUUAUGUUUUUGUAUUUGGUAUUGUUUUGUAAAUAUUUUAUGGAAAAUUGUACAAGAAAUAAUCAGAAAUGUAAGUCAAUCAGGGAAUGAAUCUAUUUAAUGUUGUGUGUGUAUAUAUACAGUAUAUAUCACGAUUUAUUCUCGCAGCCAUGAUGUCUCAGAGUAAUGUCAGAUAACAUGGAGUCCUGCUUUUUAAUUUGUUUGUCUUUUUAUCAGCUGACGGUGCUUGGAUGUUUUUUUUGGAUUGACCGAGAUAUCACGUGUGACAGUGUUGAGGUCAUUUUUGCAUCCUGAAAACUUGUUUGCACGCUGAAGCUGAAAAACGUCCAGGUCUUGGCAUUUCUGCUUUGAGUGUGAUGUAAACUGACUCUAAUAACAACAGAGCGAUUGUGCUGAUCAAGCACUAA